UUCAGCCUGGUGCCCCGGCGCCCGCAACUCAGCCUGAUGCCCUGAUGCUUGAUGACCCACCUGAUGACCCAAUCCAGCCUGAUGACUCGGUGCCCGCUGUCAAGCUUGGUGACUCGGUGCCCGCUGUCAAGCUUGGUGACUCGGUGCCCGCUGUCGUGCCAGAUGACUCGGUGCCCGCUGUCGUGCCAGAUGACUCGGUGCCCGCUGUCGUGCCAGAUGACUCGGUGCCCGCUGUCGUGCCAGAUGACUCGGUGCCCGCUGUCGUGCCAGAUGACUCGGUGCCCGCUGUCCUGCCAGAUGACUCGGUGCCCGCUGUCCUGCCAGAUGACUCGGUGCCCGCUGUCCUGCCAGAUGACUCGGUGCCCGCUGUCGAGCUUGGUGACCCGGUGCCCACGGUUCUGCUAGAUGGCUCGGUGCCUGCUGACGUGCCCGAUGACUCAGUGCCCGCUGUCGAGCCCGCUGUCGUGCCAGAUGACUCGGUGCCCACUGUCGAGCUUGGUGACCCGGUGCCCGCGGUUCUGCUAGAUGGCUCAGUGCCCGCUGUCGUGCCAGAUGACUCGGUGCCCGCUGUCGUGCCAGAUGACUCGGUGCCCGCUGUCGUGCUAGAUGAC